AUGGAGUGCCCAACAAAGGACAGGCUUCAGAGAGCUGCCACCGAUGGAGACCAAUUCGGGCGCGGACGUAUGAGGGAGCACUGGGAAAGAAACAAAAACUUACAAGCAGCGCCAGGUGGGCGCGAACCGCGAACAGAGCCCCCGACGCAAGACGGGCCUCAGACAGCUGCCACAACUGCAGAUGGUGGACUAGGUGGCGCGGACGUCCGUCGGAGCACCAGGGAUGUGCCAACACCUUGGGAGCAGUGCCAAGCGGGCACGGAUCACGUACGAAACACCCGUCACAGGACAGGCCUCAGAGAGCUGCCAGAGAUGGUGCCCAAGUCGGGCGCAGACAUCCGACGGAACACCGGGGAAGAGACAACACAUUAUAAGCAGCGCCAGGUGGGUGCGGACGGCAAAGAGAGCACCCAGCGCCCUCUGGGCAUAAAUACUGGACAAGAUCCUCCAACACGGCAGUCUCAGGUAGCACCUGAAGAAGCCUCUGCCCCACCCCCCAACACCACCAGCCUCUGCCCCCCACCCACCAUCACCAGCCUCUGCCCCCCACCCACCAUCACCAGCCUCUGCCCCCCACCCACCAUCACCAGCCUCUGCCCCCCACCCACCAUCACCAGCCUCUGCCCCCCACCCACCAUCACCAGCCUCUGCCUCCCCAACCACCAUCACCAGCCUCUGCCUCCCCACCCACCAUCACCAGCCUCUGCCUCCCCACCCCACCACCACCAGCCUCUGCCUCCCCACCCCACCAACACCAGCCUCUGCCCCCCAAACCCCACCAACACCAGCCUCUGCCCCCCAAACCCCACCAACACCAGCCUCUGCCCCCCAAACCCCACCAACACCACCCUCUGCCCCCCAAACCCCACCAACACCACCCUCUGCCCCCCAAACCCCACCAACACCACCCUCUGCCCCCCAAACCCCACCAACACCACCCUCUGCCCCCCAAACCCCACCAACACCACCCUCUGCCCCCCAAACCCCACCAACACCACCCUCUGCCCCCCAAACCCCACCAACACCACCCUCUGCCCCCCAAACCCCACCAACACCACCCUCUGCCCCCCAAACCCCACCAACACCACCCUCUGCCCCCCCAAACCCCACCACCAACAGCCUCUGCCCCCUCACCCACCACCACCAGCCUCUGCCCCCUCACCCCACCACCACCAGCCUCUGCCCCCUCACCCCACCACCACCAGCCUCUGCCCCACUACCCCACCACCACCAGCCUCUGCCCCACUACCCCACCACCACCAGCCUCUGCCCCACUACCCCACCACCACCAGCCUCGGCCCCACCACCACCAGCCUCGGCCCCACCACCACCACCAGCCUCGGCCCCACCACCACCAGCCUCGGCCCCACCACCACCAGCCUCGGCCCCACCACCACCAGCCUCGGCCCCACCACCACCAGCCUCGGCCCCACCACCACCAGCCUCGGCCCCACCACCACCAGCCUCGGCCCCACCACCACCAGCCUCGGCCCCACCACCACCAGCCUCUCCCCCCCAAACCCCACCACCACCAGCCUCUGCCCCCCCAUCCCACCGCACCUCCACCAGCCUCUGUCCCCCACACCACCACCACCAGCCUCUGCCCCCACCCCUCUCUGCCCCCCCACCCCCCUCUGCCCCCCCAACAAUCUGACCCCCCACCACAAUCUGACCCCCAACACCCUCUGCCCCCCACCACACUCUGCCCCGCCACCACACUCUGCCCCGCCACCACACUCUGCCCCGCCACCACACUCUGCCCCGCCACCACACUCUGCCCCGCCACCACACUCUGCCCCGCCACCACACUCUGCCCCGCCACCACACUCUGCCCCCUGUCACACUCUGCCCCCUGUCACACUCUGCCCCCUGCCACACUCUGCCCCCUGUCACACUCUGCCCCCUGCCACACUCUGCCCCCUGCCACACUCUGCCCCCUGCCACACUCUGCCCCCUGCCACACUCUGCCCCCUGCCACACUCUGCCCCCUGCCACACUCUGCCCCCUGCCACACUCUGCCCCCCGCCACACUCUGCCCCCCGCCACACUCUGCCCCCCGCCACACUCUGCCCCCCGCCACCCUCUGCCCCCCGCCACCCUCUGCCCCCCGCCACCCUCUGCCCCCCGCCACCCUCUGCCCCCCACCACCCUCUGCCCCACACCACACUCUGCCCCCCACCACACUCUGCCCCCCACCACCCUCUGCCCCCCACCACCCUCUGCCACCCACCACACCACCACCAGCCUCAGUCCUCCCCCACCCCACCCCACCGCACCACCACCAGCCUCACCUCUGCCCCCCACACCACCAGCCUCUGCCCCCCAUCCCACCGCACCACCACCAGCCUCUGCCCCCACCCCCCUCUGCCCCCCCACCACAAUCUGACACCCCCACCACAAUCUGACCCCCAACACCCUCUGCCCCCCACCACACUCUGCCCCGCCACCACACUCUGCCCCGCCACCACACUCUGCCCCGCCGCCACACUCUGCCCCGCCGCCACACUCUGCCCCGCCACCACACUCUGCCCCGCCACCACACUCUGCCCCGCCACCACACUCUGCCCCCUGCCACACUCUGCCCCCCACGACCCUCUGCCCCCCACGACCCUCUGCCCCCCACGACCCUCUGCCCCCCACCACCCUCUGCCCCCCACCACACUCUGCCCCGCCACCACACUCUGCCCCGCCACCACACUCUGCCCCGCCACCACACUCUGCCCCGCCACCACACUCUGCCCCGCCACCACACUCUGCCCCGCCACCACACUCUGCCCCGCCACCACACUCUGCCCCGCCACCACACUCUGCCCCGCCACCACACUCUGCCCCGCCACCACACUCUGCCCCGCCACCACACUCUGCCCCGCCACCACACUCUGCCCCGCCACCACACUCUGCCCCGCCACCACACUCUGCCCCGCCACCACACUCUGCCCCGCCACCACACUCUGCCCCGCCACCACACUCUGCCCCGCCACCACACUCUGCCCCGCCACCACACUCUGCCCCGCCACCACACUCUGCCCCGCCACCACACUCUGCCCCCCACGACCCUCUGUCCCCCACCACCCUCUGCCCCCCACCACCCUCUGCCCCCCACCACCCUCUGCCCCCCACCACCCUCUGCCCCCCACCACCCUCUGCCCCCCACCACCCUCUGCCCCGCCACCACCCUCUGCCCCGCCACCACACUCUGCCCCGCCACCACACUCUGCCCCGCCACCACACUCUGCCCCGCCACCACACUCUGCCCCGCCACCACACUCUGCCCCCCACGACCCUCUGUCCCCACGACCCUCUGUCCCCACGACCCUCUGCCCCCCACCACCCUCUGCCCCCCACCACACUCUGCCCCCCACCACACUCUGCCCCGCCACCACACUCUGCCCCGCCACCACACUCUGCCCCGCCACCACACUCUGCCCCCUGCCACACUCUGCCCCCCGCCACACUCUGCCCCCCACCACCCUCUGCCCCCCACCACCCUCUGCCCCCCACCACACUCUGCCCCGCCACCACACUCUGCCCCCUGCCACACUCUGCCCCCUGCCACACUCUGCCCCCUGCCACACUCUGCCCCCUGCCACACUCUGCCCCCUGCCACACUCUGCCCCCUGCCACACUCUGCCCCCCACGACCCUCUGCCCCACACGACCCUCUGCCCCACACGACCCUCUGCCCCACACCACACUCUGCCCCCCACCACCCUCUGCCACCCACCACACCACCGCACCACCACCAGCCUCAGUCCUCCCCCACCCCACCCCACCGCACCACCACCAGCCUCACCUCUGCCCCCCAUCCCACCGCACCACCACCAGCCUCUGCCCCCACCCCCCUCUGCCCCCCCACCACAAUCUGACCCCCCACCACAAUCUGACCCCCAACACCCUCUGCCCCCCACCACACUCUGCCCCGCCACCACACUCUGCCCCGCCACCACACUCUGCCCCGCCACCACACUCUGCCCCGCCACCACACUCUGCCCCGCCACCACACUCUGCCCCGCCACCACACUCUGCCCCGCCACCACACUCUGCCCCCCACGACCCUCUGUCCCCACGACCCUCUGUCCCCCACCACCCUCUGCCCCCCACCACACUCUGCCCCCCACCACCCUCUGCCACCCACCACACCACCGCACCACCACCAGCCUCAGUCCUCCCCCACCCCACCCCACCGCACCACCACCAGCCUCAGUCCUCCCCCACCCCACCCCACCGCACCACCACCAGCCUCUGCCCCCCACACCACCAGCCUCUGCCCCCCAUCCCACCGCACCAUCACCAGCCUCUGCCCCCACCCCCCUCUGACCCCCCACCACAAUCUGACCCCCCACCACAAUCUGACCCCCCACCACAAUCUGCCCCGCCACCACACUCUGCCCCGCCACCACACUCUGCCCCGCCACCACACUCUGCCCCGCCACCACACUCUGCCCCGCCACCACACUCUGCCCCGCCACCACACUCUGCCCCGCCACCACACUCUGCCCCGCCACCACACUCUGCCCCGCCACCACACUCUGCCCCGCCACCACACUCUGCCCCGCCACCACACUCUGCCCCGCCACCACACUCUGCCCCGCCACCACACUCUGCCCCCCACCACCCUCUGCCCCCCACCACCCUCUGCCCCCCACCACACUCUGCCCCGCCACCACACUCUGCCCCGCCACCACACUCUGCCCCGCCACCACACUCUGCCCCGCCACCACACUCUGCCCCGCCACCACACUCUGCCCCGCCACCACACUCUGCCCCGCCACCACACUCUGCCCCGCCACCACACUCUGCCCCGCCACCACACUCUGCCCCGCCGCCACACUCUGCCCCGCCGCCACACUCUGCCCCCUGCCACACUCUGCCCCCUGCCACACUCUGCCCCCUGCCACACUCUGCCCCCUGCCACACUCUGCCCCCUGCCACACUCUGCCCCCUGCCACACUCUGCCCCCUGCCACACUCUGCCCCCCACGACCCUCUGCCCCCCACGACCCUCUGCCCCCCACGACCCUCUGCCCCCCACGACCCUCUGCCCCCCACGACCCUCUGCCCCCCACGACCCUCUGCCCCACACCACACUCUGCCCCACACCACACUCUGCCCCCCACCACACUCUGCCCCCCACCACCCUCUGCCCCCCACCACCCUCUGCCACCCACCGCACCACCACCAGCCUCAGUCCUCCCCCACCCCACCCCACCGCACCACCACCAGCCUCAGUCCUCCCCCACCCCACCCCACCGCACCACCACCAGCCUCUGUCCCUCCACCCCACCGCACCACCAACAGCCUCUGCCCCCCACACCACCAGCCUCUGCCCCCCAUCCCACCGCACCACCACCAGCCUCUGCCCCCACCCCCCUCUGCCCCCCCACCACAAUCUGACCCCCCACCACAAUCUGACCCCCCACCACAAUCUGACCCCCCACCACACUCUGCCCCGCCACCACACUCUGCCCCGCCACCACACUCUGCCCCACCGCCACACUCUGCCCCCCACGACCCUCUGUCCCCACGACCCUCUGCCCCCCACCACCCUCUGCCCCCCACCACCCUCUGCCCCCCACCACCCUCUGCCCCCCACCACCCUCUGCCCCCCACCACCCUCUGCCCCGCCACCACACUCUGCCCCGCCACCACACUCUGCCCCGCCACCACACUCUGCCCCGCCACCACACUCUGCCCCCUGCCACACUCUGCCCCCCACCACCCUGUGCCCCCCGCCACCCUCUGCCCCCCCACCACCCUCUGCCCACCACCACACUCUGCCCCCCACCACACUCUGCCCCCCACCACACUCUGCCCCGCCACCACACUCUGCCCCGCCACCACACUCUGCCCCGCCACCACACUCUGCCCCGCCACCACACUCUGCCCCACCACCACACUCUGCCCCCCACCACCCUCUGCCCCCCACCACCCUCUGCCCCCCACCACCCUCUGCCCCACCACCACACUCUGCCCUACCACCACACUCUGCCCCCUGCCACACUCUGCCCCCCACCACCCUCUGCCCCCCACCACCCUCUGCCCCCCACCACCCUCUGCCCCGCACCACACUCUGCCCCCCACCACCCUCUGCCCCACCACCACACUCUGCCCUACCACCACACUCUGCCCCCUGCCACACUCUGCCCCCCACCACCCUCUGCCCCCCACCACCCUCUGCCCCCCGCCACCCUCUGCCCCGCACCACCCUCUGCCCCCCACCACCCUCUGCCCCGCACCACCCUCUGCCCCGCACCACCCUCUGCCCCCCACCACCCUCUGCCCCCCACCACCCUCUGCCCCCCACCACCCUCUGCCCCCCACCACCCUCUGCCCCCCCACCACACUCUGCCCCGCCACCACACUCUGCCCCGCCACCACACUCUGCCCCGCCACCACACUCUGCCCCACCACCACACUCUGCCCCCCACCACCCUCUGCCCCCCACCACCCUCUGCCCCCCACCACCCUCUGCCCCACCACCACACUCUGCCCUACCACCACACUCUGCCCCCUGCCACACUCUGCCCCGCACCACCCUCUGCCCCGCACCACCCUCUGCCCCCCACCACCCUCUGCCCCCCACCACCCUCUGCCCCCCACCACACUCUGCCCCCCACCACACUCUGCCCCCCACCACCCUCUGCCCCCCACCACCCUCUGCCCCCCACCACCCUCUGCCCCCCACCACCCUCUGCCCCCCCGCCACCCUCUGCCCCACCGCCACACUCUGCCCUACCGCCACACUCUGCCCCACCGCCACACUCUGCCCCACCGCCACACUCUGCCCCCCACGACCCUCUGUCCCCACGACCCUCUGCCCCCCACGACCCUCUGCCCCCCACGACCCUCUGCCCCCCGCCACACUCUGCCCCCCACCACCCUCUGCCCCCCACCACCCUCUGCCCCCCACCACCCUCUGCCCCCCCGCCACACUCUGCCCCCCACCACCCUCUGCCCCCCACGACCCUCUGCCCCACCACCACACUCUGCCCCCCACCACACUCUGCCCCGCCACCACACUCUGCCCCGCCACCACACUCUGCCCCGCCACCACACUCUGCCCCGCCACCACACUCUGCCCCGCCACCACACUCUGCCCCCCACCACACUCUGCCCCCCACCACCCUCUGCCCCCCCGCCACCCUCUGCCCCACCGCCACACUCUGCCCUACCGCCACACUCUGCCCCACCGCCACACUCUGCCCCACCGCCACACUCUGCCCCACCGCCACACUCUGCCCCCCACGACCCUCUGCCCCCCACGACCCUCUGCCCCCCACGACCCUCUGCCCCCCACGACCCUCUGCCCCCCGCCACCCUCUGCCCCCCACCACCCUCUGCCCCCCACCACCCUCUGCCCCCCACCACACUCUGCCCCCCACCACACUCUGCCCCCCACCACCCUCUGCCCCCCACCACCCUCUGCCCCCCACCACCCUCUGCCCCCCCGCCACACUCUGCCCCCCACCACCCUCUGCCCCCCACGACCCUCUGCCCCACCACCACACUCUGCCCCCCACCACACUCUGCCCCCCACCACACUCUGCCCCGCCACCACACUCUGCCCCGCCACCACACUCUGCCCCGCCACCACACUCUGCCCCGCCACCACACUCUGCCCCGCCACCACACUCUGCCCCGCCACCACACUCUGCCCCGCCACCACACUCUGCCCCGCCACCACACUCUGCCCCGCCACCACACUCUGCCCCCCACCACCCUCUGCCCCCCACCACCCUCUGCCCCACCACCACACUCUGCCCCACCACCACACUCUGCCCUACCACCACACUCUGCCCCCUGCCACACUCUGCCCCCCGCCACCCUCUGCCCCCCACCACCCUCUGCCCCCCACCACCCUCUGCGCCGCACCACCCUCUGCCCCCCACCACCCUCUGCCCCCCACCACCCUCUGCCCCCCACCACCCUCUGCCCCCCACCACCCUCUGCCCCCCACCACCCUCUGCCCCCCACCACCCUCUGCCCCCCCGCCACCCUCUGCCCCCCCGCCACCCUCUGCCCCCCCGCCACCCUCUGCCCCACCGCCACACUCUGCCCCACCGCCACACUCUGCCCCACCGCCACACUCUGCCCCCCACGACCCUCUGUCCCCACGACCCUCUGCCCCCCACGACCCUCUGCCCCCCACGACCCUCUGCCCCCCGCCACACUCUGCCCCCCACCACCCUCUGCCCCCCACCACCCUCUGCCCCCCACCACCCUCUGCCCCCCACCACCCUCUGCCCCCCACCACCCUCUGCCCCCCACCACCCUCUGCCCCCCACCACACUCUGCCCCCCGCCACACUCUGCCCCCCGCCACACUCUGCCCCCCGCCACACUCUGCCCCCCACCACCCUCUGCCCCCCACCACCCUCUGCCCCCCACCACCCUCUGCCCCGCACCACCCUCUGCCCCCCACCACCCUCUGCCCCCCACCACCCUCUGCCCCCCACCACCCUCUGCCCCCCACCACACUCUGCCCCCCACCACACUCUGCCCCCCACCACCCUCUGCCCCCCACCACCCUCUGCCCCCCACCACCCUCUGCCCCCCCGCCACCCUCUGCCCCCCCGCCACCCUCUGCCCCACCGCCACACUCUGCCCCACCGCCACACUCUGCCCCACCGCCACACUCUGCCCCACCGCCACACUCUGCCCCACCGCCACACUCUGCCCCCCACGACCCUCUGUCCCCACGACCCUCUGCCCCCCACGACCCUCUGCCCCCCGCCACACUCUGCCCCCCACCACCCUCUGCCCCCCACCACCCUCUGCCCCCCACCACCCUCUGCCCCCCACCACCCUCUGCCCCCCACCACCCUCUGCCCCCCACCACACUCUGCCCCCCACCACCCUCUGCCCCCCACCACCCUCUGCCCCCCACCACCCUCUGCCCCCCACCACCCUCUGCCCCCCCGCCACCCUCUGCCCCCCCGCCACACUCUGCCCUACCGCCACACUCUGCCCCACCGCCACACUCUGCCCCACCGCCACACUCUGCCCCCCACGACCCUCUGCCCCCCACGACCCUCUGCCCCCCGCCACACUCUGCCCCCCACGACCCUCUGCCCCCCACGACCCUCUGCCCCCCACCACCCUCUGCCCCCCACCACCCUCUGCCCCACCACCACACUCUGCCCCCCGCCACACUCUGCCCCCCACCACCCUCUGCCCCACCACCACACUCUGCCCCCCGCCACACUCUGCCCCCCACCACCCUCUGCCCCGCACCACCCUCUGCCCCCCACCACACUCUGCCCCCCACCACCCUCUGCCACCCACAGGGAUGUCGAAGAAGACAAAAUUAUCCAGGAUCCAAAUUAA